AUGAAGACAACAGCCUUCUCAGUCCUCUGCCUAACCACAGCAGCAGUUCUUCCCGGCUCCAGCGCAGUCACCUUCACCGUUCCCAAUAAAGUCGGAACCGGCAGCUACGCCUACGCCCCCCUUGACCCCUCGCCCAUCGGCAUCUCCUUCGAAUUCUUCGCUUUUCCCUCUUACUUCACCAACGUGACCGCCACCCAGCAAUGUCUAGCGAACUGGAAGUCCCUGACGGGCGUCUGGCCGCCCAUCCGCAUCGGCGGAACGACGCAAGACCGAGCGCAAUAUGACUCCAAGACGUCCGCCUACGUCGUAUACUCGGUGGCGGACGCCAAGGACGCACCCUCCGUGUUGACGUUUGGCCCGAAAUUCAUGACGCUGGCGGGGACGUACGGAGGGAGUGUGGUGGUGGGGCUGAAUAGGGGAAAGAAUAAUAUCGAUAAUACGAUCGCUGCGGCCAAGGUUGCUGUGGCCGAGGUGAAGAAUUUGCUGGCGAUUGAGCUGGGGAAUGAACCUGAAUACUGGGUCAAAGACGGACAACCGAUUACAUCCGGAGUCAACUGGACUCCGGCCACGGACGCCGCAUCGCAGAAUAACUGGAACAUUCGCGUCGGCAGCGCGGUUGGUAGGAACAACAUCAUUCAGGCGGGGAAUUGGAAUGAUGCACCGCCCAAAUGGGGAGCUGCGCAGCUGAUAGCCACCGAGAACGCAACGGUGAAGCAAUAUACUCGGCACUACGCCCACCAUAACUACCCCGGUGGAAGCAUUCAGAGUCUCAUGACGCAUUCGACCAUCUCGAAGAACCUCAACAUAUUUGACGCCGACAUAGCUGCGGCUCGCGGGGUCGGGAAGGAGUACGUCUUUGGCGAGACGAACUCGGUAUCCGGCGGCGGAGCAGCCGGAGUCUCUCCAACAUUUGGGGCAGGUUUAUGGACCAUGGACUACGCCCUCCGCGCUACUUAUAGCAACAUGUCGAGGACGUACUUCCAUCACGGAACCGUCGGCAACUGCCAGUAUUGCUUCUGGGGCCGAUACAGCAUGGGUGCUCCGUACUACGGGGCGUACGCAGCGGUAGCAUUGAUGGCCGGCGCGAGCCACCUGACGGCUUUGGAUAGCGGUUCGACCAACUAUGCGGCCUAUGCCACGUUCGGUUCGAAGGGGCUCCCACUAAGAGUGCUUUUGUACAACUCUGACUAUUACGCCGGCAGCGGGACAAGAACCACCCAGUCGUUUACCUUGACUGGCUUGACCUCUUCGACGGUAAGGGCGAAAAGGUUGACGGGAGUGAGCGCGACGUCCAGAGUGGAUCAAGGAAGUCCUCCGUCGUUUGGAGGGCAGCAGUUUGGUGAUGGAUCUUGUGCCAUAAGCGGGACCGAGACGUUUGAGACGACAUCCGUUUCUGGUGGACAGGCUACCUUUUCAGUCAAGGCAACCGAAGCACUUUUGGUGUAUCUGCAGUGA